GCUUGCCCAUAGAAAUCCCGCAUCCGUGAGGCCAUGCCUCUGGUAUAAAAGCAUCUGCUAGAGGAAAGUCCCCGUGUUGUUGAUUCCCAUACACCUGCCCAUACACCAAGAUGGGCGUACACAAGGCGGCCCCGGUUCUGCUCGUAUGCUUCCUUCUCUGCCUUUCGUCCGUCGCUGCCAUCACCGCGAAGCCGGCCACUUCAACGAAAGCAGUCACCCCAACCCCUACCACGGCUGCGAUCACUUUCGUCGAACCCACAUCCGAAGCUGAAAUUAUAAAAAUCGUUAGCGAUGCAUACAAUGCUAGAUCCCUGGUCCGCGUCGUAGGAUCCAACCAUUCCUGGGCCGACGUGGUCAUCGACAACACUCCAGCCAAAAAGCGUGUACUCAUCUCUUUGGAGAAUUACUCGGGUGUGACGGUCGACAAGAAAACCAAUAUCGCUGUUGUGAAAGCCGGUACUCAUAUCGGAGAUCACGCUCAUUCGGCAAAGGGCGUUGCCGUUGAUAGAAAAGUGACUUUGAUCCAUGAGCUCGAGAAGUAUGGAUACGGACUUCCCGUCCUCGCGGGAAUUCAGCAUCAAUCUGUUGGUGGCUUUUUGUCAACUGGUGCUGCUGGAGGUUCCGUGAAACGAUCUUUGCUAGAUGCGGUUGUGAAGAUUGCUCUUAUCGAUGGUUGUGGAAAGAAGCAAGUCUAUGCGCCGCCUCAAAAAGAGUUCUACGCCGCCGGAGUCUCCCUCGGAUUGUUAGGGGUCGUCACAGAAGUCCAUCUCAGGCUCGAUUACAAGCUCUACAACAUUUCCGGCUCUGAAGUUGCUUGUCCCGUCACUCCUCUAUCCCAAAACAACUCCCUCGGAAGCCCUAUCGACUUUUUCGGCCCCGGGAAAACUGGCUACCCGAGCCUUCUCCAGUUCUUCACUGGAAACACAAACGAUGGUGCGCGCGUCCAAUGGUAUCCUCAGAAGCUCUUCAAUCGUAUCCAAAUCUACCAGUGGAAGCAAGCUGCUUUGCCUGCGAAAACCCCGCUUUCGCCUUUUGUGAUCUUUGGCGGUGCGACCGGUGCGGACGCAGUGGCGAUUCAGGAACAAGUCGCUGGAGGAUUACAGUUCCUGAACGCUGCCAACGAUGAAUCUCCGGAAUUCUACGAACAAGCGGCUGGCAUCCUCGACCAAUUCGUACCGUUCGAAAGGCAAACAUUUUACGAUGUUUACUAUAACAGUGUCUCCCCCGAUAAUGGGAUCUCCGAUACCAUUCUUCCCGUAGUCAUAUCCGAAUUCUGGUUCCCUCUGGAAAAACUUCCCAACAUCCUAGCCACGUUGAAAACCUACUAUGCCAAGAACGGAUACAACGCCACCGGUGCCACCUCCGUCGAAAUCUAUACUGGCAAAAAGAGUCUUUUCUACUUGGGACCUUCCUACAACACGGACGUCGUACGUCUGAAUUACGUCUGGCCCUCCGUCAAUACCAUUGGUACCCCGCAAGCCUGGUUCCAACAAUUCUGGGAUUUGCUUAAACCCUUUGAACCCAGAUUCCACUGGGGAAAAGUGUUGCCGUCGUAUUACAAGGGUGCCUAUCUGACGAAAUCCUAUCCCAAGUUAGCCGACUUCUUGAAGGUACGCCAGGAUUUAGAUCCUCGCCAAGUGUUCGUCACCAAUUAUUGGCGCAACAUUUUGGGAAUUCCAGCCGCGACCGUUGGCAAGAGGGAUCUCGGCGACGACCAAGGUGCUGUUCGCGAACCUGAUGCCUUUGGAGUUGGUCAAGAGGGCGUUUACCCGGACCUUCAGGACUCGCCUAUCCUCAACAAGGAAGCUCAAGAGAAUACAGAAUACCGUGACGGAGAUUUGAACGAGGCUGUUGUCGCAUAGUUUAGAUUUCUUCUCUCUUAUUGCUUCAAUAUACCGUACCUUUGGUCCUUG